AGUAAUUUGGCGUGCAUCUGUUUGUUUAUAUGAUAUAAAGAGGGAGAGAGCGUGAGAGAGAUACUCCCCCGGUCCACCAAACACACCUCCUUUUUCCAGCUCUCAUCUUCCUUCCCAAUCUCACUCGUUGGUCAUUUUUAUUUUUAGGCCUGGUCAGGUUUCCAGUUCUUCAUUCUUUGACGGGACACGGGAGACCAAUAACUGCUCCACGCGAUUCUGUCUUUAAUUUCCGGACUUAUGCAUCACACCGCCGUUUGCCUCAGAGGACCCACGGGCACAGGUAGCCUUUUCUGAAGUGUCUGUCCCCGAUUUGACUGUACUAGAACAGCUACGAUACAAAGACAAGAUGUUGUAAAAUGCUGUGUCACGUUUUUAGCUGCUGUUGUUCCUUUCGUCAGGCAACGACUAAUGUUCUGUUUCACAGAUCAGCAGCCUCCCAUGAGUGCUACACUAGUGGAGUUAUGAUGUUCUCUUGUCUAUCAUGCUAAACACUUUUCCGUAGCCCAUUCUUGUGGUACGUUAAGAAACUUUGAGUUAAUACUAAAUAGUGAAAUGCGACAAUAGACUACAUAAGGUAUACUACUCUUUUGGGGAUACACUGACAGUAGACUGUAGGCUUUGGUGUAACAUAAUCCUCACUACAUGCAGCUAUCAGAUACGAAAAACCAUAUUGAUUUACUGAAUUUGUUGACCAUAAUACAUACAUUAUUCACUUGUUACAAAUUAUAUGUAACAUGGUAAUAGUGAAUCCAUAGGCUAUUGAUAGGCUACGGGAAACGUCCAGCAUUGUAUCAAUUUUAACUAUCGUCCCAGAUUCAAAAUAGGUUGCAAAAUAGGCUACAAAAGGCUCCCAGGAUGAUUCAAUCCGACCUAAUGCUGGUCAGCGGCGGCUGCUGCAAAUCAUAUUCAUGUAAGGGCAAAAACAUCUCUGUCUCCCAAUCAUCUGAUUCCGUCAGAUGACCGGGUAAAACCAAAAUUCUUUUUCAGUCAAUGAUCCUCUUGCUUUCCGUAUAGUCUCCCUCUUCCAUAAGAACAAGGUCACCUAUUCUCCUGGGCCAGGAUCAAACCAAAGGCAUAUAUCUACAAUUUGGUGCCACUGGGCAUCUGUGGAAAGUCUGGUCUAGGUCUACGACACGCUGUGUUGAUUGCAAUCACGUCAGGACACUGGGAAGUCAUGGUGGACCGCACUGACCUGCUUGUGCAAGUUGGCCUUCACUGAUGAUUAUCUCCUCCGUGAGCUGCAAGCUCUGCCCCUCGCUGAUGAAGCAAAUUGCGAAACCAUGCGAAAGGCAACAGAGGGAGAGGAGCCACCCCAAAUAACACAGAACUCAAGAGGACCGCACGAGAGGUGAAGCACAAGAAGAGGAGUAAAGAGAGGGCAGAGAGAAGGAUAUAAAGAGAGGAAUACAGAGAGAAGGAUAAGGGAGGAAGGGGAGGGGAGGGGUGGUCGGUAAUGUGAAGCCCCAGUCUCCUAGCUCAAGGUUGCGGACUGAAAAGGGAUCCUCUCGGACAGACGGCAGCAUUGUUGUGUUUUUUUUAAAAGAUUUCUUGUGGGCAUGCCCCCUCCCUUGCCUUGCCUUGUCUUGGCUGCUGCUGCAGUAUUGACAGCAUUCAGGUGUGAAGGAAACAUUGAGCUCUAUCUCCAAGACGGAGGCCCCCAAUUGCACCACUGCAAUCUCCCUGACAAGAGGAAAUCCUCCUCUCCAGCAUGAUAGUGAAGGGGAGGGUGCUCAUUUCUUCUGCUGUGUGAGAGAGGUGCAACUUUUCUGCAGUCUCUGAAGAAGCUUGCAAGAGUGAAUGGGAAUCGCCAGUGAGGUUGUUCAACCUACAUGAACAUGGGUUUGCCAGCAAACAUCUCUGUGACCGGAAAUACAACGAGAUCCCUGAGAGGCCUUUGUUUAUGAGCACCACGUGACUUUUUGAAUCUCCAGGAACUGCCUCUAGCACAAUCACAGAGGGAGGCAUUUGAGAGAGGAUUUAAAACAAAAAAAACCUACUGAUCCUCCACACCCUCUUUGCACACCCCACCCCACCCCCUUCCAGAAGGAGGGUCAGGGUAAACCAUGACGACAUCGGUGGGGGUGGUCCCAGACAGUGCGAUGGCACAGUCCCUCUCCAUCCCCACGCUGACCGUGCUUCCCCCAUCCUCCGACACCGAGUCCUGGUCUCGGUCCCCCAGCCCUCGCUGCAGGCGGCCCCGGUCCCGCCGCUGCCGGGCCAGACAGCGGCCCCGUGACACCGGCACCCCCGAGGACUCUCCCCACCGCCUCACCCAUAUGCACCAGCAGGACGAGGGCCCGCGGGACGAGGGCCCGCAGGAAGAGGGCGAGGACGAGGAGGCGGAAGGGGAGAGGAAGAAGAGUAACAGGAUACAGAUGAGUCUAUCUCCCAGCCCCUCGCUCACGUGUGUGGCGAGGAGCGGUGAGGAGGAGGCCGAUGGUGAGGAGGAAGAGUACCAGCGGCAGCUGAGGCAGGGAAGCCCCUCGCCCCUGCUGCUGCCCCUGCCCCUGCCGUCUCGCUCCUGGUCUCGGAGCAUGUCCCCGAGUAGACGCUCGCGCUGGUCGCUCCGCAGUCUGCUCAGCAGGGACGGCUCUGACUGGGAUAGCUGCAGUACGGCCAGUAACUCUCCGCGCAGCACCCCCGGCAGCUCCCCAUCUCUGCGCAGGCGCGUGCUGGGGGGGCGGGCCAGCGAGGGUGAGGGCUCCACAGAGAGGGGGGGUGGCGGCGGCGGCGGCGGCGGUGGCGGUGGCGGCGGCGGCUCGGACAGCCCACAGCCCUCCACCCCGUCAGCAUCCUCCACCUCCUCCUCCCACCCGCUCUCCACCCGACAUUUCAGCCGCAAUGCCAAGAAAAUGCAGAGCUGGUACAAUGUACUGAGCCCCACGUAUAAGCAAAGGAACGAAGAUUUCCGGAAAAUCUUCAAAAAGCUGCCUGACACAGAGCGCCUCAUUGUCGAUUACUCCUGCGCAUUGCAAAAGGACAUUCUGCUGCAGGGUCGACUUUACUUGUCAGAGAACUGGCUCUGUUUCUAUAGUAACAUAUUCAGAUGGGAGACCACUAUCACCAUCCUGCUGAAAGAUGUGACCAGCCUCACGAAGGAGAAAACGGCCAAGCUCAUCCCUAACGCCAUUCAGAUCAGCACUGAACACGAGAAGCACUUCUUCACAUCUUUCGGGGCGAGGGAUCGCAGCUACAUGAUGAUCUUCAGGCUAUGGCAGAACGCACUUAUGGACAAGACACUGUCUCCUAAGGAGCUGUGGCACAUAGUGCACCAGUGCUACGGCACAGAGCUGGGCCUGACGAGCGAGGAUGAUGACUACGUCUCCCCCACCGCUGAGCACAUCAACGGCCUGCUUCCGAUUGAAGAGCCUAUAUCGGCAGACCUGCUGGACUUGUGUGCAGUCGCCACCUCCCCAAUCGCCUGCUCUCCCCCUCCAGCCUCCUCUCUCCCCCCAAGCAGCAGUCCUCCUGCAGUGGUGGGGUCCUUGUCGCCCUCGACCUCAGGGCUGCCCAUGGAUGUGCCUGCUGCGGGCCGGCUAGGUGCCAGUGGCAGCUUCAGUGGGGAGCUGGAGCCCAGUCCACCCAGCUCCCAGAGCUCGCUGCCCUCCUUCACCCCCUCCACCCUCACAAGGACUGCGUCCGCAUCUGCUAAUCUGGAGGAUGGUGGGGACACGCUGUCCGAGUCGGUCAGUCUCGCUCUCCCUCAAGCUACACACAGCCUGGGCAACCUGUCCUCGCUGGAAAUGACCAAUGACGAAGAGCUGCCCACAGACCCCAGCAACUCCUCCGACACACAGGAAGAGAGUGAAGUGGAGGCAUUCUGUACAGACCUGGGCGGCCGUCGGCACAUCAACACCGUGGUGCGCAUGAGUGUGGACAAGCUGCACGACCUGCUCUUCUCAGCAGACACACACUUCAUUCAGCACCUCUUCUCCCAGCGCCACUUCACAGAUCUGAGCGUGCGUGACUGGCAGCCGGAAGGCAGCGCUGGGAGCUCCACGCGUGUGCUGAGUUACACCAUCGCCAUCAACAACCCGCUGGGCCCCAAAACUGCUCCUGUGGUGGAGACGCAGACCCUCCACAAGAGCAGUGCGCGGGGCGAGUGCUAUGUGGUGGACUCGGAGGUCAUCACCUCUGGCAUCCCCUACCAGGACUACUUCUACACUGUGCACCGCUACUGCCUCACCUCCGUCAGCAAGCACAAGAGCCGCCUACGGGUGUCCUCAAACAUCUGCUACAAGAAGCAGCCGUGGAGCCUGGUGAAGGCCCUCAUCGAGAAGAACACGUGGAGUGGCAUCGAGGAGUACUACAGGCACAUGGAGACGGAAGUGUGCAAGCUGGAGACGCUGAUGCAGACUGAGGUUACUGUGGUAACGGCGAGCGAGGUGGCGGCGGCGGUGGCGGACUCUGCCAAGACCCCACCGCUGCUGCGUCGACGCAAGCGCAACCUGUCACGGCGCGCCGGAGAGAGGGAGCGAGAGAGGGAGGCGUCGGGCGCGGUGGCCGGCGGGGGAGGAGGGGCCGGCGACCGGGCCGACCGAGGGAUGGCGGAGGAGAGAGACCGGCGGGAGAUGAGCGGCGCCUUCUUUAAGCUGGGUGAGAGGGGCCGUGGUGUCGGCGGCAGCAGCAGUGGCAGCAUCUCUACUGUGCUGCUCAUAGUCAGCUUCAUGAUCUGUGUCAGUCUGGUGGUGCUGGUAGCCCUGAACAUGCUGCUGUUCUAUAAGCUGUGGGCCCUGGAGCGGGCGGCCCACACCCUGGAGACCUGGCACUCCUACUCCCUCACAGACAGCCCUCUUCCACAGUCGGCGGGGGAGUGGGCCCAGGUGUUGCAGCUGCAGAGGCAGUUCCACCAGGCGCAGCUCAGCAAGUGGCAGCAGAUCCUGCAGUCCUCCGUCACGCUACUCGACCAGAUGAAACAGUCGCUGGAAAGGCUACACAGAGGCAUCGUCCCGGAAGAGCCACAAGAAGACGUCCCUGCAGACCCCCCCACAGACACACUUCCAGAAGAGUGACCCCUUCACCUCCACCUCAACUCCAGAAGACCUCACACCCCUUCUCUGCCUACACCCCCCCACCACUCAGCUCCCCAGUGUGCUGUUGGACCCCGGAACAGCACUGGGAGUGUAUGAUGGGACAGCGAAUGGAGACUACUUGUGUGUACGUGUGUGUGUGUGUGUGUUUGUGAGGGGCAAGGGGGGGGGGACGGGGGACCCCCA